AGUAACGUUAUAGAGGCUUUUCUGCAUCAAAUUACGAAUCUUCACGGAUGCUGCAGAGUUUGUCGGAGAGACGCAAACAGACGCUUUGUGUUUCUACAUCUACUUUUAGCCCGUGUUUCUGUAGGAUUAGAUGGGAACGUAUGAAUUCCGUGCUAUUUGGUGGUCCCUUUGUAUUUGCCUGUGCUGUCUUGGGCGACAACAAAGGAAAGAUAGCUAGUGUAAUUUCAGUUGUUUGGACCUGCAGGAGGUUUGAUCCGACUCGGCAGCCUCUGUGGAGUUAUUUUUUUGUGUAGCGUUAGCAGUGCUCAGCUGAAUGCAGCCGACGUUAGUUAAAUCCAGAAGGUUUUCGAUGGUAAUCGGUGCGUUGUGAUGUUUAUAUCCAUCAUUACUGAGGAUGCACAAUGCGUUUCAACUCAAACUUAGGGUGAACGUAAUGCCAGUGUAAAUAGGUCAAUUUUCUGGUCAACUGCGGACUAUUACAGAGAAUGAAAAUUGUGACGCAGUUGUGUAAAACAUCUUUGACUGCCUGCUGCAGCAGUGCUGUCGGGCUUUGCGGCACAUACAUCAGCUGCUGCAAAACGUCUGCGCAAUGGUUAUGUGCCAGUAGGCAAACGAUGUUAGAUUUUUUUAAGACAAUGUAAAAUGCAUUCAAUCAGUAGGGGUAAAUGUUGGGGGGUAGAGGGGUCUGAGAGAAAUAGUUGUUUUGUUAAGCCUUGGGAAUUGUAGUUUAGUUUCCCAACCAGCGCUGAGUUGUAAAUGGCCUCUUUAAAGGAAAUGGACUACAACACCCAUACGCCCAACUCUCUAGAUACUUUGUAAACUCUGUGCAAGUUGCGCGUCUGCACUGCUAUUUUAGGUAUGCAGCUAAUGCUAUCUGGUCGGCAGUGUGUUUUUUGUCUGGUUUGGCCGAUUGAAAUCAAUUAAAAGCAACGGGAUUUGAUGACAGCCUUUAAACGGAGAUGCACAGAUGACAUUUGGAGACAAGAUUUACAGCUGAAUUCCCACUUGACUACACUGGCCAGCAUCCAUAAGAUCCACCACACCUUGCACAGGCUGAACCUGACAGAAGACGUUGGACAGGAUAGCCACCCCUCAGCUUGUUGCUCGAGAGCCAUGCCUCCUAGGAAAAAGAGGAGACCCUCUGCUGGAGAUGACAUGUCAGCCAAGAAAAGUCGGCAGGACAGUGUUUUCAGAAAACAUGAAACGUCACAAAUCCGCGAGGAGGAGACAUUUUCCAGUAAAAGAUGCCUGGAGUGGUUCUAUGAAUAUGCAGGCUGUGAUGACGUGGUGGGUCCGGAGGGCAUGGAGAAGUUCUGUGAGGACAUUGGAGUGGAGCCAGAGAACGUGGUGAUGCUGGUUCUUGCUUGGAAGCUGGAUGCCCAGAGUAUGGGAUAUUUCACUCUUCAGGAGUGGCUGAGAGGCAUGGGCUCGCUGCAGUGCGACUCCACAGAGAGGCUGAGGAACUCGCUCGACUACCUGAGAUCUGUCCUAAAUGACAGCACCAGUUUUAAGCUCAUUUAUAGAUAUGCCUUUGAUUUUGCUCGGGAAAAGGAUCAGAGGAGUUUGGACUUGAACACAGCCAAGUGUAUGCUGGGGCUUCUUCUGGGAAAGACGUGGCCGCUGUUUCCUGUGUUUAAUCAGUUUCUAGAGCAAUCCAAGUACAAAGUCAUCAACAAAGACCAAUGGUGCAAUGUUUUAGAGUUCAGCAGGACAAUCAACCUGGACCUCAGUAACUACGACGAGGAUGGUGCCUGGCCAGUUUUGUUGGACGAGUUUGUGGAAUGGUACAAGGAAAGACAGAUGUCAUAGGCGCAGAGCAGAAAGGAAAAUGGAAAAAAUACAACUGUGACAACAACGACUAUGAGAAUCAACAACCAAUAAGUAAACAAUACAAAAAUGGUAAAGCAGUGACUGUGGGUGCUUCCUGGUAGAGGAGGGGUUCGGGCUGUGGGUGGGCUAGGGUGGGGGCGCUGGGUUUGCAGCCUGGGUGCAUGCUGCCCAGAGCGCGGAGGCGGAGGGCUGCCAUUGUGGAGUUAUGUUCCCGACCGAAGUUGCAUAGUGGGCAAGCUUGCAGCAAUCCCCGGUGGCAUUGCUCUCUCUCACUGUGACAUGUCAUAUUGCUGUCUGUGUUAGGAUAACAUGGUAUCAUACGUGGACGAUGGAAGCAAAAUGGUAUUGUGUGGGAGAACCACUCCUCACCCCCUGUCUUCAGCACAGAGAAACCAACAGUGACCAUUCAUGCAUUGUGUCUGAGUCUUAAACAGGGUCACUCUGACCUGGGCACAUCUAAAUAUUAUAUAUCUGUGCAAUGAACUUGAACUUGAGCUUUUCUGGACAGAUGGCACUAACUAUUGUUUGUCAUAUUUUGAGUUAGAUAGGAGUUCCUCAAAAAGCACACUGUGUCAAAUGGUUGAUCGCAGGUCUCUGGUACCUGUGCUGUUUACUAUUGAUUUGUGCCAGUGAUUUUUUUCCCUUUCUUUUUCCCUUCCAGUUUUUGUUCCCUCCUGCUGUUUUGCUCCAGCUAAUGCUAACAGUUUGCUAACUCCCUGCAAAGGCUUCAGACCUCAUAGCACCAAACAAAUCAGCAUUGCUGCUUACUAACUCUUAUUACAGUACAGCGGUGAGCCACUAGUGCUCUGAUCAGCAUUUAUUGGUCCGACGACCGAUUUAUGCAUCUACGUUCUGUAGGUAAGAGUAUUAUUGUGCCUCAAAACAUGGAAGUCACUUUGUGUGUCCCACACACAUACCAACAAACCCAAAUGUAUAUACACGUGUGAGAACACAUACAACACAUGCACACACAGACACACUGAGUGGUCAGGGAUUACUUCAGGAUGAAUUCAGACUGUUUGGGCUGUGUUAUAAGUUGACAUAGAGCUUGUUGGUGUCCAUUUUGUCUUGAUGUGUGGCAUCUGUUUUGUCCUCCUUAGUCCACUGAUAGUUUCAGGUCUCCUCUUACUAGUAGCAUCUCUCCCAACACUGACAGUGUUAAUAUAACUACAGUGGAAGACCAGUGACCCUCUCAGGACGAGGUCCUUAAGGCUUGAGUAGAAAGGUAGGUUUGCUGAAAGCAUUGCUUUGUACCACCCGUAGGAUCUAAUCAAAACAGUGGACACUGACAGUUUGGAACUGUGUGAUGAUGCUAUGCUGUUCUUUUCGCCUAGUAUAAUGUUCUUGUAACACAUGUAUAAAUUUUUGUCUUUGGCUGUGGUGUGAUGCUGAAUCGUCAGAUUUAAUAUUUGCAUGCAUGCUCCAACAGAGCCUUUUGUGAAUGGAUGAGAUUUUUUGAAAACAUUUUUCAAACACGUUUUUGUUUUGUACAGAAAUUUGUGCAAGUGUUUUGUGCUUAAUUUGAUAUUCACGAUCAUGUUAUCUUAAUUCUGAUAAACAACAUGAUUGUGUCUAUUAAGACCUGGAACACACCUGUAACCUCACGGUGGAGCAGGAGUUCCCUCCUGCAUUAACCCCAUCUUAGACAUCCUUACACGUGCUGUAAGCUCCGCAGAGCUGCAGCCAGUAUACAGGAUGGAGUUUUAUUUAUUUACACUGUCAUGAUACCCAGGAAACACACAUUGAAAUUUGUUGUGAAGAUAAAAUACAUCAGCUCUCAAGUCAUUGAAAUCCACCACAGCUGAAACUAUACGAAAGCCUCUAAUGUCAUUACAAUGCAUCCACCAUCAGCAUAACAUCUAAGAUUGAGGUAGUUGUUGGAUUGCUUACCAAAUACUGUGUAGAGAUCAAUGUUUUAGUAUUCUCCCAUGACAAUGCAGGAGGAUGAACACCCUUGUCCCAACUGUAUAUAUGUAUGUAAACUAUGUAAGUGUCUAUAUGUCUGUUUUCACUAUAACCUAUGUCUAUAUACAUAAAUAAAAGGGUUUAUUAACUUA